AUGCUCCACAGUGCCACUCCCAUUUCAAUGGCCAGCACAGGACCUCACAGCAUCCAACUCGGUGGCGCCACCAACUCAACUCGCCCUCCAAAAUCCACAAUCACACGCAAGAAGAAAUCCAACAAAUUGGCAUUCAAGGAGACAAAGGAUGGUUUCGUAGACUACAACAGAGGACAGCACGAGGUAUCCACUAAAAUCGACGGCCUCCGCAAGGACGAUAUCCCUGCACACUACCGCCUCCGAGUCGCUGGGGACCGCUUCCAAAAGGAUUGGACUGUGUCGGAGGUUGCCGACUCAGUCCUCUCCCUCACCCUCCGCGACGACGACAUUGAAGGUCUACUCAAUCGCUGGAUAGGCCGCUAUGCACGCAAGAAUUUCCCUUUCCUCAUUAGAGAGUUGACUCAGAGAGGUUCAAUUGAACACUGUAACUUAGUUUUCAGCUGGAUGAAGAACCAGAAGAAUUAUUGUGCUAGAACAGAUAUAUACAACAUGAUGAUUAGGUUGCAGGCUAGGCAUAAUAGAACGGAUCAGGCACGUGGGUUGUUUUUUGAGAUGCAAAACUGCAGGUGUAAACCUGAUGCUGAGACUUACAACGCUCUUAUUAAUGCACAUGGUCGAGCUGGACAAUGGCGUUGGGCUAUGAAUAUCAUGGACGACAUGCUGCGUGCAGCUAUUCCACCAAGUCGGUCAACGUACAACAACUUGAUUAAUGCUUGUGGAUCUAGUGGAAAUUGGAAAGAAGCACUUAAUGUUUGCAAAAAAAUGACUGAUAACGGAGUCGGACCAGAUCUCGUCACUCAUAAUAUUAUGUUAUCUGCAUUUAAAAGUGGGGCUCAGUAUUCAAAAGCUUUGUCGUAUUUUGAACUAAUGAAGGGAACUCACAUUCGCCCUGACACAACCACACACAAUAUUGUUAUCCAUUGUCUAGUGAAACUUAAACAAUAUGACAAAGCCAUUAAUAUUUUUAAUUCCAUGAAGGAAAAGAAGUCAGAGUGUCACCCUGAUGUUGUAACAUACACUAGUAUCAUUCAUUUGUAUUCUAUGUGUGGGAAAACUGAAAACUGUGAGGCUGCAUUCAGUAUGAUGCUUGCAGAAGGGCUGAAACCGAAUAUAGUCUCAUACAAUGCACUACUAGGUGCAUAUGCUGCUCGUGGGAUGGAAAAUGAGGCCCUUUUGGUUUUUAAUAAGAUAAAACAGAAUGGUUUCCGCCCAGAUAUUGUAUCUUAUACAUCUCUGCUUAAUGCUUAUGGAAGAUCACGAAAGCCCCAAAAAGCAAGGGAAAUAUUCAAAAUGAUAAAGAUAAACAACAUGAAGCCAAACAUUGUCAGUUACAAUGCACUGAUUGAUGCCUAUGGGUCGAAUGGUUUGCUUGAAGAUGCAAUAGAAAUUUUGCGGGAAAUGGAACAAGAUACGAUUCAUCCAGAUGUGGUCUCAAUAUGUACGCUCUUGGCUGCCUGUGGGCGCUGCUGUCAGAAGGUGAAGAUUGAUACUGUGCUAUCAGCAGCUCAGAUGCGAGGCAUUAAAUUAAACACAGCUGCAUAUAAUUCAGCUAUUGGAAGCUAUAUUAAUAUGGGGGAAUAUGACAAAGCUAUAGACUUGUAUAAAUCUAUGAGUGAGAAAAAAAUAAAAUAUGAUUCUGUUACUUACACUGUCUUGAUAAGUGGUUGUUGUAAGAUGUCAAAAUAUGGAGAGGCCUUAUCUUUUAUGGAAGAAAUGACGCAUCUCAAAAUUCCUAUGUCCAAAGAGGUCUACUCAUCUGUCAUAUGUGCCUAUAGCAAACAAGGGCAAAUCAUAGAAGCAGAGUCUACAUUCAACUUGAUGAAAUCAUCUGGUUGUAAUCCAGACGUGGUUACAUAUACUACAAUGCUUGAUGCCUACAAUGCAGCUGAGAAGUGGGAGAAAGCAUAUGCACUCUUUGAUGAAAUGGAAGCAAAUGGCACCAAGCUGGAUACCAUCGCAUGUGCAGCUCUAAUGAAUGCUUUUAACAAAGGUGGUCAACCAAGAAGGGUCCUUAGUCUUGCACAAAGUAUGAGAGAAAAAGCGAUCCCAUUAAGUGAUACUAUAUUUUUUGAAAUGGUAUCUGCCUGUAGCUUAUUACAUGAUUGGAGAACAGUUGUUGAUGUGAUCAAGUUCAUGGAGCCUUCACUUCCCAUAAUUUCAUCUGGGUGUUUGAAUCUGUUCCUGAAUUCCUUAGGAAAAAGUGGAAAGAUAGAAACUAUGUUAAAGCUAUUCUUCAAAAUGUUGACAUCGGGUGCUGAGGUUAACUUCAAUACUUAUUCUAUUUUAUUGAAAAACCUUUUAUCAUCUGGAAAUUGGAGGAAGUAUUUAGAGGUACUACAAUGGAUGGAGGAUGCAGGAAUUCGUCCUUCAAGUGAAAUGUACCGUGAUAUAUCCUCCUUUUCACAAAAACACUGUGGGGCUGAAAAUGCUGCUGUCAUAAAAGAAAGGCUUGAGUCGUUGCAAAGAAAACCUGACGAUCAAAUUUCUGCAAGCAAACCUUGUGAAUCUCAUCUUAGUUGA